CGAAAACGUUGAUUUUAAGCCUGUCGUUGAAGAUUUAUAUGAGUGGCAGCCUGAGGCAUCCACUGCCCCAGAUUGGCAUUCUUGCGCUAAGCCGUUCGAAAAAUUGGUGACCAUAGACUUCGAGAUCGCCAGCAUCAAUUCCAGACUCACGGCCACGGCGCCCUCUCCACGACGAUGCCUCCUCGAAUUUCACCCUUCAGCACGCCGAUGUGCUGCAGGACGACUCCCAAUGCCCCUGUGUCAUCGCUGACGGCCUACCUCUCCGGCCUCUCCCUCCAGACCCGAAAUGCGUCUAUCCUCAGCAGUCUCGCCAACAACCCCGGCGCCGUUCACCAGAAGAAGCGAGUUGGUCGUGGUCCCUCUUCCGGACACGGAAAGACAUCUGGUCGUGGUCACAAGGGUCAGAAGCAGCAUGGAAAGGUCAAGCCGUGGUUCCAGGGUGGUCAGACACCUUUGAUCGUCAAGCAUGGUCGAAAGGGUUUCAACAACUUCCGAGCUCCUCAGAUGUCAGAAGUCAACCUCGACCAGAUCCAGGUUUGGAUCGACCAAGGACGAAUCGACCCCACCAAGCAGAUUACACCAAAGGAAUUGAUCGAGUGUGGCAUUGUUGGAACUGUCAAGGAUGGUGUCAAGGUCCUCUCCCGAGGUGCGGAUAUGCUUAAGCAGCCCAUCGAUGUCAUGGUUUCCCGUGUUUCUGCUGGAGCUAUUGCUGCUAUUGAAGGUGCUGGAGGCAAGGUCGUCACUCGAUACUACACCAAGCUGGCCAUAAAACGACUCCUACGAGGUCAGUCCGUCAACACGGAUAAGCCUCUCCCUCAAGGAUUGGAGCACGUCGACACUGUGCUGGCCGCAGCCCGCGAUGCACCCUUCCGGUACCGAUUACCCGACCCUACCAGCCGUGAGGACAUUGAGUACUAUCGUGAUCCCGCACACCGGGGAUACUUGAGCCACCAGCUUGCGCCAGGAGAGUCGCCCAGUUUGUACUUCAGGGUGCCUGGAGUGCACAAGAUCAAGAGCGAGGUUAAGAAGGAGAAGGCAGCCACUGAGGAGACUCUGUUCUAAGAGUUGUCCAGGGCAUGUGAUGAAUUGUAUUAUAAUGACCGAGUAUAGACACUUGGAUGUGAUAACAAGCAAUGUACAAACAGUUGAACUCAUGAACUUGCUCCUGU